AUGAAAUCAUCAUCAUCGGCAAUGGAAUGCUUGUAUGUACCAGCAUGGCUUGAGAGUCUACUAUCCAUAACAUUCUUCUCUUUGUGCAAUGUUCAUACCGAAAAGGCUAAGAAUGAUUGCAAAAUGUUUUGCCUCGAUUGCAAUAACCAUAAAGCAUCUUGCGUUCAUUGCAUUGCAUCUUCUCAUGAAAAACAUCGAGUGGUUCAGAUAAGGAGAUCAUCGUAUAAUGAUGUUGUGAGGGUGAUAGAGAUUGAAAAUGCAUUGAACAUAAGUGGGAUUCAGACAUAUAGGAUCAAUGGUUUCAGGGUCCUUUUCCUUAUUACAAGGCCUCUCAAUCCCAAAAAGAACAAGAUUUCUGCCAAACUUAUGUGGACAAAGCAGAGUGAGAGUGAAAGCUUUGCAAUAGAAGGAAUUUCAAGAACCAUGUUAUCAGCAGAGGAAGAGGAAGAAUUGCACAAAAAGCUUGAACCAGAAAGACUUCUUGAACGCCGACAACGGCCUUCUCCGUGUGCUCAGCCGCUGCCGCCGCCGCCGUUCAAUAAUGCAAAUUCUAGGAAAAGAAAGGGAAUACCUCGAAGGUCUCCUCUUAUGUAG